AUGAUCCCCGACCUCGUAUCCAAGCUCCUCCAUCACUACCCCGUGGGGGCGGAGGAGGCCAUCACCGUCUUCGUCCCGUCGGACGACGCAGAGUACGAAUGGUGCGAAACGGAGCGCCCGGAGGUCCGCGUACUGACGGGCCGGUUCGAUCGGGAGUCGUUCGGGCCGGGCGGGCUGUCCCACGGCUCGGUCCUGCGGGCCCGAGAUGGCGGCGGCAGCCCGAUUCGGGUCAGGGAUUGGGGUAGGUACGAUGACACCCGCCGCCUGUUCGUGGAUUGGGGUUUGUACGAUGACGGCCGCCGCCUGGUCGUGCACGGAUUGCGCGGCCGGUUGGUCCGUCCGCACAUAUGGGCGCGGAUCGGGCCGGGGUGGUUGGUCAUCAAGGGUCUGAUUGAGGAGAAGAGAGGACCGCCGGACCCUCGUUGCCCCGACCCUGACCUGGAUUUGGAUAUGAUGCCGAAAGGCAAGGAGGAGGAGUAUGUGCGGCGGGUGGAUGGCGGCCCACGGCAUAACCGACCCACUCCUACGAUUCCAUUGCGACCGUAA